GUUUAUGUAUCGCUUGCAGUGGUGUUGUCAGCAGAUCGAGAGAGAUAUCUCAGUCAGGUACAUCACAGGUUCAGAAGCUCAGCAAGAUGAGGCUGGUUAUACUUAUCCUCACCACAGUCGUAGGAUGCUGCUCUGCUGCACAUCACAAGGCCAUUGCUCUCAAACCAGAAAUAUGGACCAGAUGCAUGGGAAACAAAAAUUCUGACCAGGCUGGCAAGAUAUUCAACAAGGGGGAGAAGUGGACAGAAGUGCUAGAUGACGGGCGCUCGUUCAAGUGUACCUGUGGAACAUUCAGCGAUGUUUUUCCUGGUGUCGGAGGCCCGGCGGGGGCCAGGCCUGCUCGUGUCUGCAAAUUGAACGGAUGUAUGACGUAUGUAUACCCAGGGAAAUAUGUGUUCGUGCCCCCAAAAGGGAAGAGAAGUACCUGCAAUUGUGUUCCUGGGAAGAACCCUGGUCAACUUGCCGGACCGCGUGCGGAUCUUUUCCACUGUAUCUUCCGGUACGUCAAGGGAUGAUCGUCCCAAGGCCGGUAGCAUUUUAAAUCCGAACCGAAACUAUGACCCGUAUACCCGAUGUAAUCGAACCUGAAUUCUUGCACGAACUGGAAGUUUAUUAGCUCCAGAAUGACUAUUUUUGCUGAAACAGUACGGUACGCCAUUAGGUAGACCAAGUGAUACAAAGUCGCCGGUAGAGGUCUCUCCUAUCUGACAGUACAAUGAAAUCAAUAAAUCAAUACUGUUGACAUUGUACUGGUCAGUGGAGAGAUACCUUUCAGUUCCGUAUUUUAUACCUAGUCUCGAAUUGCUUGACUGAUAAAG